AUGAGUGUCAUUGGACUUCCUAUAAAAGUCUUCGCCGCUGCUGUGACGCAAUACGCCCUGGAUGAGGAGCAGCUCGUCUCUUGCAAACGCGCUGACGACUACACCGUCAUUAUUGGCUAUCCAGUAUGUUGGGAAGGGCAAUACGUUGGUGAGCGGGUGGCUUUGAAAUGGACACUCCUUCGCCCUCAAUGGUACAUUGACCGCCUAGCGUUUACUUCUAUCUCUGAGGAAAGGAAUGAAGGCUUCGAAAAGGAGAAAAAAGCAAAAGUCUGGGGCAUCAUAUAUACCGAUAACCGAUAUAAGUACUCUGUGAAGUACACUCUUGAUCUCCACGGCUUCCAUACCUAUCUACACUCGACCUCCUUCAGCCAGCUUUCUAUCAACCUCCUUCUCACCAAGCGCAGCAACAAACAUCUCUUAGGGAUAUUCAUUUCCUUGCUUCCAGCCCUUUCAUUAUUCAACCACCCUUUUAUCUCUUACGCAGACAACAUUUCCAGCACUGCUAACAGAUGCCUUCAGAAGGCGUCCCCAAGUGCCAGCGGUGUCAAAGAAAUGGACACAUCACGGCCAGCUAACCGUCUUAUGGAGGCCUAUCCACAUAAUCGAUUCUUUGGCUGUCCUCAAGAAUUAUCGCGACCAUUACCUGUGCGCGCUCAAAUCCCAGUUGUUGGAGUAAUGAACCAGCAAACUCAUUUUCAGUCCCCUUGGGCAGGGCUAUUCGACUACCUCAGAAAUAUUGACUGGCUAAGCUUAACUUGUUCUCCUACCCCUAUGGCUUCCAACCCCUUUUUUACAAUGUUUCGUUCGUCUAUCUGCCCAGUGCCUGAUAUUUCAGCAACACCGCUGGGCCAGCGAUUAAUGUAUCUGGAAGCAUUCGCGCAAAGUCAGAGAUACAUGCAGGACCCCUCGGUCGCCCUCUCUGCAUCUCCACUAGAGACCUCCAUCAAUCUUAUAGCUACCCGAUUACAGAGGGACUUUCCCCGGAUAGCUGGUAUGUUCAGCUUCGAUGAACUUGUCGUGAUAUGUGGAAACUAUGUCCGUUACGGCUCCUACUGGAACGUGUUUCGGACUGCCCUCCAGACUGAUGAAAUCCUGCUUGUUGACCCUGCAUUCUCAUUCGAUAUGGACCUGCCAAAAACUACAUUCGAGAGCGCCCAGCAAAUAUGGCUAUGCCCUGAAUUCGGGCUGAAGCAAUUCUGUCAAAAGCUCUCUGGCGUCAGCCAGAUGAUUUCCGAUCUGGCUCGAACUGAGCAACAUUCAGAAGCACGGGCAUUCCUCGCAUCCAAGAUACCCGAUCGUAUCGAGGAAGUACUUGGUCCUCAGGCUACUUCUUCAACAAUACACAACUAUCCUUCCCCCCUUUUCCCUCCAGAUACGAUGACAAGUUCCCCAGUCGAAUUAACAGACGGCGAUGUAUAUUCACCUUCCACUUCCGCGGGCGGCGAUGGGUCCGAAGACGGCUAUUCAUUAGACGGGAGGGGAUUCCAACCCAUUACAGAGAAUGGCCGCUACAAUGAUGCCUGCUUUUGGGGUAAUUAA